AGUCUAACGCUGUAUUACUGGUGUCUUGAGAUCACCGGGCAAGGUCAUUUGUCCGUCAUCUUCGGCAAAGUCACACCGAAAGAGGUUAUCAACACUGGACCGUAUGCGCUGGUCAGACAUCCGGUUUAUGUUUCUUAUAUGCUUGGAUGGCUGGGAAGUUUGAUCGCCAUGCAGCAGGAAUGGAGGCAUAACCAUGCAUUCUUUGGUCUUGUCAGGAUGGUGGGCAUGGCGGUUGUGGUCAUGGGGCUGAUUGGGCUCUACAGGGAAGGUGCGGAUUUGGAGGAGAGGCAGUUCAUGUUGAACGAGGAUGUUGUCAAGGGUGAGACCGUUGAGUUGGGGGUUAGGAGGAAAUAUGAGAGUUACAAGGGUGUGGUCGGAGCGAGGUGGAUCCCUGGUAUCAUUUGA